AGCGUCUCGCGUCAUCAGUGACAGCCCCGACCCUUGCUACGCUUUGCGUCGCUCUGCCAGGAGCAGUCACCUCCUCCUUGGCAAAUAGUCCUCGGCAGGGUCCGAGUUCUUGGAUAAUCCGAGAGAAAAGGCACGAUAAGUUGCAGUACGAGGACACGGAAACGACCAGGAGAGGAGGCCAGGGAGCGAAGUUUCCGCAAUAGUGUGUGAAGUUAGUUAAAAACUCCCUCCUUCCUCAGGAUCCCUCCGCCUGCAGUAGCGGUGGUGAGGCCGAGGGAGCCGCCAUUUUGGAUGUUCGGUUCCUGCUGCCACUGCUGCCGCCGCCCCCGGAGCUGCUGGUUUCAUUCGAGGUUUCGGGCCGGUGAGUGUCACUCCCGGCGCUGAGAGCAUAUUGCUGCUUUUGCCCCGCCGCUGCCGCGGGCGCUCGACCGGAAGCUUCCUGUCAGUUUCAGGGGUCCCGUCCCAGGCUGUGGGUGUUGAGAAGAGAGGACACAGAAGCUGGGCCAGGAGGGGCCGGGAGCCCCAGGGGCUGCUCCGACUUCUGGAGGGCCAACCCAGAGGCCUCGGGCCGGGAGGUUCCGCGCGCAGCGGCGUUCCGUGUUGUGGCGUUGCCCCGCCGAGGAUGCCAGCCCCCAUCAGAUUGCGGGAGCUGAUCCGGACCAUCCGGACAGCCCGAACCCAAGCUGAAGAACGAGAAAUGAUCCAGAAAGAAUGUGCUGCAAUCCGGUCAUCUUUUAGAGAAGAAGACAAUACAUACCGAUGUCGGAAUGUGGCAAAAUUACUGUAUAUGCACAUGCUGGGCUACCCUGCUCACUUUGGACAGUUGGAGUGCCUCAAGCUUAUUGCCUCUCAAAAAUUUACAGACAAACGCAUUGGCUAUUUAGGGGCAAUGCUGCUGUUAGAUGAAAGACAAGAUGUCCAUCUUCUCAUGACCAACUGUAUCAAGAAUGAUCUUAAUCAUAGCACGCAAUUCGUACAGGGGUUAGCACUUUGUACCCUCGGCUGCAUGGGCUCCUCAGAGAUGUGCAGAGAUCUUGCAGGAGAGGUAGAGAAGCUCCUGAAAACCUCCAACUCUUACUUAAGAAAAAAGGCAGCACUGUGUGCUGUUCAUGUCAUCAGGAAAGUUCCUGAACUUAUGGAGAUGUUUUUACCAGCAACAAAAAAUUUAUUGAAUGAGAAGAACCAUGGUGUCCUCCACACAUCUGUAGUCCUCCUCACAGAAAUGUGUGAGCGAAGCCCAGACAUGCUUGCGCAUUUCAGAAAGCUUGUGCCCCAAUUAGUUCGUAUUUUAAAGAACCUCAUCAUGUCCGGAUAUUCACCAGAACAUGAUGUUUCUGGUAUCAGUGACCCCUUUUUGCAGGUACGAAUUUUGAGGUUAUUAAGAAUUUUAGGACGAAAUGAUGAUGAUUCAAGUGAAGCUAUGAAUGAUAUAUUAGCACAGGUUGCCACUAAUACUGAGACUAGUAAAAAUGUAGGAAAUGCUAUUCUUUAUGAAACGGUUUUGACUAUCAUGGAUAUUAAGUCAGAGAGUGGAUUGCGAGUCCUAGCCAUAAAUAUCCUGGGUCGUUUCUUAUUGAACAAUGACAAGAAUAUUAGAUAUGUGGCUCUGACAUCUUUGUUGAAGACUGUACAGACAGAUCAUAAUGCAGUACAGAGGCACAGAAGCACAAUUGUGGACUGUCUUAAAGAUUUGGAUGUCUCAAUAAAACGGCGUGCAAUGGAAUUGAGUUUUGCCCUGGUAAAUGGGAAUAAUAUCCGAGGCAUGAUGAAAGAAUUACUUUAUUUUCUGGAUUCGUGUGAGCCAGAAUUUAAAGCAGACUGUGCAUCUGGAAUCUUUCUUGCUGCAGAAAAGUAUGCACCUUCCAAACGAUGGCAUAUAGACACAAUUAUGCGUGUUUUGACAACGGCAGGAAGUUAUGUUCGUGAUGAUGCAGUCCCCAAUUUAAUCCAGCUAAUAACUAAUAGUGUGGAGAUGCAUGCCUAUACUGUCCAGCGCCUGUACAAAGCAAUUCUUGGUGAUUAUUCUCAACAACCUUUGGUACAGGUGGCUGCAUGGUGUAUAGGUGAAUAUGGUGAUCUUCUUGUAUCUGGCCAGUGUGAAGAGGAAGAGCCUAUUCAGGUAACAGAGGAUGAAGUGUUGGAUAUUUUAGAAAGUGUCCUAAUCUCUAAUAUGUCCACCUCUGUGACACGAGGUUAUGCCCUCACUGCCAUUAUGAAGCUUUCCACUCGAUUCACUUGUACUGUAAACCGAAUUAAGAAAGUGGUUUCCAUCUAUGGAAGCAGCAUUGAUGUGGAACUCCAGCAGAGGGCAGUAGAAUAUAAUGCACUUUUCAAGAAAUAUGACCACAUGAGGUCUGCCCUACUUGAGAGAAUGCCUGUCAUGGAAAAAGUGACCACAAAUGGCCCUACUGAGAUUGGGCAGACAAAUGGAGAGACAGAACCAGCUCCACUAGAGACCAAACCGCCACCCUCUGGGCCACAGCCCACCAGCCAGGCCAAUGAUUUAUUGGAUUUGUUGGGAGGAAAUGACAUAACACCUGUUAUUCCAACUGCACCUACAAGCAAACCAUCUUCUGCUGGUGGAGAACUUCUUGAUUUGCUGGGAGACAUCAACCUUACAGGUGCUCCAGCUGCUGCUCCUGCCCCUGCCUCAGUCCCACAGAUAUCCCAGCCCCCCUUCUUGUUGGAUGGUCUCUCAUCACAGCCUCUCUUCAAUGAUAUUGCUGCAGGCAUCCCCUCCAUCACAGCAUACAGUAAGAAUGGCUUGAAGAUAGAAUUCACCUUUGAACGGUCAAAUACCAACCCCAGUGUAACAGUGAUAACGAUACAGGCCUCCAACAGCACAGAGCUAGAUAUGACGGACUUUGUUUUCCAAGCUGCAGUACCAAAGACAUUCCAGCUGCAGCUCUUGUCUCCUAGCAGCAGCAUUGUCCCAGCAUUUAACACAGGGACCAUCACACAAGUCAUUAAAGUUCUGAACCCUCAGAAGCAACAGCUGCGAAUGCGGAUCAAGCUUACAUAUAAUCACAAGGGCUCAGCAAUGCAAGAUCUAGCAGAGGUGAACAACUUUCCCCCUCAGUCCUGGCAAUGAGGGUUUGGCACCAUUCUCAUUCUUUAUCCCACUCAAUCAAAGGAACUCUGGGAAGGAGGUUGUGAUUGCUGGCAAGUCCCCCCCAACUGUACCAUGGGCAUGAGGAGCUGAAGAGAACUGCGGAGGAGGAUUUUCCUAAAGUUACUGCUGACCUUGAAGCAUUGUUAAAGACUAAUGUCCUCUCCUCCACUGUUGAGGCUGGCUGCUUCUGGAGGCUACUUUGCACUCUUCCUCUUCUUCUCCUUUUUCCGCACUUCUCCACCCCUCCCACAUUUACAGCCAGAAUCAACAUUCCCUGGGCCCCUGAAGAAAUAAGCAGCUGGUCUGGAGGAGAGGACUGCAAUCCAUGGCGAAAAAACACUCACUUUGUCUCUGCAGCAAAGAGUUACCCCUUCUUUCUACUGUUGUUUCUCUGUGGACUGGGCAAGGUGGGGUAUUUAUUCCUCACUAGCUGGGUUACCAUCUUCAGGCACUUUUAACAUCUGGCAUUCGGAAUGGAAAUGUAAUAAUGGACAUUAGGGAGCCCUGCCUUUUUCUACUGGUUCCCCCAAUGUUUGAAAGAGGCAUUAGGCUCCUGGUAGCCUUUUCUGUGCAUUGCUGUAUACACACAGACACACACAUGUAUGUUUGUUAUCAAGAACUGGUCAGACCUUGCGAGUUUAUUUGUAAACACUGGACAGAUGGAGUUAAAAAGAGCUUUUGUUGAGAUUUGGCAUGAAGGAUAUGGUGCUCUAUUUGUAAUAGAAACUUCCAAGGCUCUUCCAGCUCCCCUUUCUCUCCAUUCUUUAGGUGUAGUCAUGAAUAGUCUCCAUGAUUUGCAAAAUUGAUUCCCUUUAAAGUGCAAAAUGGUCACCUUCUAAAAGAUAUAUUCAUAGUUAUUAAUGACCCUAUUCCCACCACAAAUUUUAAAGUGCUCCUAAGCCCAUAACUUCCCUGUUUGAACUAUGGUAAUGGGUGGAAGAGGAGUUCACCAGUUUUAAAGAUCAGACUCUCUAUCAAAAGUACCUUUGCCCUUAGGAAGAGUUGAGUAUUGGAGUCAUCUUAUCUAUUACUCCAAACCUCCCUUUUUAUUUCUUGAGCCUGGCUUGGACCUUGGCAUUCCAUUUGAAUUCCUUCUAACUGGAACAUUUGUGUUGUAUCUGUAACACUGGCACUGAAAUAAAGACCACACGGUUAAAGAAAUCUUUCCAUAUUGUACUUUAUGGUGUUGGAGUGAAGCCUUGUAGCUUCCGUACCCCUAUGUCAGAGGAGGUCUUAUGGACACCAUAGGGUAGGAAUAGCCUUUCCUCAGUCUGAGAAAUUGGUCUCUUUUAAAAGACGAAUCUCAUGAAUAUUCACAUCAAAGACUUGAGCUUUUUAAACUAGUGAGAGUGCCAAGUGCUUUUUAGAAAGGACCCAUGCGUUAUCAAACUUUGAAAUUGAGUUGCUGGAAUGAAGUAGAGGUGACUCUCUCUGUGGUACACAUUGAAUGUACUAUGUAUGUUCAAGUAUUCAGGCGCCAUGUCUUAUAUACUGAAGAAAGAAAAAGUGAGGCCCACCUUGCUCUUACAAUGUUUGCAAUUGUUACUGUAUUGAAUACAGUAUAAUGACUACUACGGCUUCAAUCUUAAACCUGGAAACAAAUAUCCCUUUUUUCCCCCCGCUUCAUUUCACCAAGCCUUUACUUAAAAUCUUCAGUGUCUUGUCAAAUCUAGCUCUGUAUCAGAUGCUGGACUAUUCCUAACAUUUGACAAACUGGAGUUGAACUAAAGGCUCCACAGGGGAAAGUUUCUGGUCUUACUAGUGUGUAUGAGCAAGAUCUGCUAAAACUUACUCCACUGGGUAAAUGGUUGACUGAGUCAAGAACAGGAUAUUAUCUCCUGCAUAGUUUUCAGUAAUGUAAGUGUGGACUAGUGCAUAUUUCAGACAACUGCUCUGCCUGUGCAAUGAAAAAUAGCCUUUAAGGGUUUCUUUGCAGACUGAUUUCAUUGGAUGGAUACUUAAUGCUGUGAAACAUGAUAGGAUUAACAUAAUGUUGGUGGAUUUCUUGAAUAGAAUUUGUCUUAACAUUCCUCUUUGUGUAGAGGCUUUAUUUUCUCUCUUAUAUUUGUAGCUAACCAGCUCAGGUUUUUUUAUUUGAACUGGGUUGAAUCUCUGAAGAAAUCUGUUCCAAGACCAUGCUAUAAAGACACUGUCAGCUAAUGGAGCUGGGAAGGGUGUACUCUGCUGACAGAGCAUUUCCUUGGGUGAUCAUAGUUUUGAGGUAGAGUUUAUGAUCAUUCAUAGCUUUGUCUAGAAGGAGUAAAAUAUCAUGGCCUUAACACAAAGGGUGCUGCGUAGAAUAUGAAUUGAUUUUGGAAUCCGAACACAAGCACCAUACUGAAGGACUAGCAGCCAAAUAACUGCCUAGGAUACUGAUGGUUGUGAAGACUGUUUCAAAUGAUUGGAUCUUUGAAAGCUUCAGCGUGCCUUAGUUUCUAGGAUCAGAAUUAGUUUUCCUCUCACUUGGCCUUGCAGCUAAAUGGAGAAAUGUUUCAAUUUCUUUGAAUACUUGCACAUUUCAAUAAUUCCUUUCCCGAUUGCAACCACUCAAGGGGGAGCAAAUUUGGAUGGAUUUACAACUUCAGAGGCAUUGUGAGGAAAGAGCAUUUUCCAAGGCUGUCUUGAUAACCCUGGGGUGAUAAGCAGUGAUCCCUCACACACUUACUUUGACAAUUUCACAUGCACUUGUACCUCAUUAUUUCCCUCUUCAAGAGUCAAUUCUAUUCUAGUCUGUGCCCCAUCCCCGGGGAAUCCUAAGAGAGAAUUUAUUCAUCUAAGUAAUCUCAAAAAACUGUAGGAAGGGUGCUCUCCCUGAGAAGCUUCUCCCACAGUGCUUUGGUGCUGUUACCUUGAGGUGGUUUGGACAGUCACAGAAGUUUUAGGCUGUGCAUAAUGAUCAUCUGUUCAUUUUAAGGUCUUUCUCAUUUAAAGAAACAUUCCUCAGUGUAACAUUUGGGAGGGGAUUAUUUCCUCUUGCUAGUUUAAAGGUGUGAUUCGUACUCCUUGUUUGUCCCAUUCAUAUAUGAAAAUAAGACUUAAAACUGUCCAACACUAAUGGUUUAUGUAACAUGCUUCCCAUUUUUUUUAUGUCAUAGAAGAGAUUGGAAGUUAGGGAGUACUGCUUUCAAGGUUCAACUUCAUUAUCUUCUGCAUUGGAAAAUAUUUGGGCCAUGAGAACUAGGGGAAAGGAGUUUGAAUGUGUGUAUUUUUUUCUAGUGAAUGUAUUUUAACCACAGUGUCCUAAACUGAGAAAACUAGAGAGGAAAAAGUGGGUGUUCAUGAACUUUGUGGUUGGGAGAGUGGUUUUACAUGUCUGUGUAUUCAUGACUUUGGGAGUGGGGAGGAUCAUUGGAGAGACAAUUGCACAGAAAGUCCUGAAGUUUAAAACACUUUUGACCAGCUUUGGCUUGGGAGAGUGGGGCUGCUUGUGGAACUGGAAGUGAAUAACUUUUUCAAGCAAUAUCAGUGAGUGGGUCCCAUCGACAGGGUUCCAGGACCUGGAACACUUUAACAGAAGGAAAUGCUGAAGCAGCUUGCAUAGUUGCUUUACAGACUUCCAAGAGGCUGAUUCUGGCUUCAAGAUGGAGCAUUGGAGUUGGUUUUUUGUUUUUUGGGUUUUUUUUUUUUUCCUCAAAGAACCUGCGGUUGCGCUUUGUGUGUUUUGUUUUUGUUUUCUAUUUGGGGGCCCCAUGGGAAAGAGCUUCUGAACUCUUUCCUUUAUGAACUCCCACUGUGUUCCUAUAAAGGCCCUUUUCUUUCAUAGUAUUGUAAGUUACAUUUUCAUUAUGCCCCAUCACAUCUUCUUUACUGUAAAAAUAUUAAAAAGCUGUUUCCAAGUGGGACAGCUAAUGAAGCUCUAAUUAUUGCAGACAUAUUUUUGAGAUGUAAAAAAAAAAAAUUAAAGUUAAAUGAUAAGUCUUAGAGGCGAGUGAGGAAUAAAAUGGAUGUAAACAUUUACAUGGGAUGCAUUAGAAUUCUGCUGUGUGUAUUGUCUUUUGGUUGAAACAAAUUAUGAACAGUGACUAAUAAUAAAAAGUCAAUACCCAAUGAUUUAAAA